GGAAAACUCAGUAUUUUCUCAUAGAGGAAGAAAACGGAAAAAAAAAAUGGAGGCAUGGCUUCCACUCUUCGACAUCUUCAUGAAUUCCCCUACACCGGAGACCGACGCCUCUAACUGGCUAAAGCAGUCCUUCAUUGCCUCCUACGCAUCAUCAUCCGUCACAACAGCCCCGAUCACCACAGCCUCUUUCCUCUCACUUCUCGUCAAACCCUUUGAUGCCAUCACCAAUCCACCUUCUUCUACUCAUUCCACAAAAAGGGUUAUGUUUAUACAAACCCUACCGGACAUAGUACAGUCGCAAAUUUUAUCGUUUCUUACCUUUGAGCAUCAGAGAUUUUGUGCGCGGGACUUGAUUAGGUUAGCAAGGGACAUGUUGGGGGAGGAAGGGAGGGUUGAUUUUUGGGUCAAGAAAGUUGCACGCAACCUGCUUGAUGCGGUGUCUGAACGAGGUUUCGAGUGGAUAUCGAGUUUGAGUUUAGAUUCUGGGGGAGAGGGAUUGAAUGAGGAGUUCGAGUCGUUACCGGGUUGGCUUAAGGAUGCCGCGUGUGACAACGAGAUGGUUCUACCUUGGCUACCUGUUUCCCUAGAUGAGUUGAAUUCAAUAACAUCGGUUGGUCCCUGUGUAACUAAUCAACAAUUAUGGACUCAAGUUGGAGAGAAUGGCGAGGGUGAUUUUGAGGAACCAGUGGAAAGAAUUGAGAUUGAACCUGCCACAAAUGUUGAAAUAACAUCUGAAAUUCAAACAAUUGCGGCUAGUUUGAGAAACCAGGUUAUGAAUUUUGAAUCCAGUUAUAAAACUGUAAGAUUAGCGAAUGAGAUGCGUCAACUUUGCUUAGAGAAAGGAGCAAAUCCUAUUGGGGUUUUAGGUGUGAUUGAGCCUUGGACAGCCGAUGAUGAGACUACUUCAGUUCUGAUGUCUCAUCUUUUGGAUGGUACCGAGGAAGAGCUCGGUUGGCCAAGCUUGGUUCUAUGCUCACUUGUCCUUCCCAAGUUAUUAGUUCUGGAAGAACCAGCUUCUCGCAUAUUAGUGACUGCGACAAUAGAGUACUGCAAGCUUCACCAAAGAGCUGCUGUAUAUGCACUAAUAUUUCCACUAAUAAUGCGAAAGGAGGGUAUCAACAAUCCUAUAUCCGAUUUAAUCACAAAGAUUGUGAGAGAUUGCUUGCACCCAGCUCAAGUUGCUGCCUUCAUCCAAAAGCUGCUAUGUGGACCAGAAUCUGAGAGGAGAUUCAGAUGUCUACCUUGCCACGAAUGUCUUACAUCCCAUGAACUGGUAUGGACAGAAUCGUUGUUUAACUUGGUCCACAACAUCUUGAAUUAUAAUGUCCACUUAACUCAGGAUUCUGUUGAUCAACUUGUUUACUGGGCUUGUGAAUUUGCUGAAAGAUUUUCUAGGUCCCUGAAAUUUGGAAACUUUGUGCUAUGUUUGAUUACAAAAUGUGUUCCAUCAUUGAAACCUCACAAACUGAUAUUAAUUGAAGCAGUUGAACACACCAAUACUCUUGUGACCAAAUCCAUCUUAUCAAAGUUGGCUAGUUUAUAGCUGUCAAUUCAAUAAAUUUUUGAAUGAUUUUCUGUUCUUGUUGUUGUCUCUAAAUUUUAUUUCAAUAUCUUUUAUAACCAGAUUAUUUCAUAUAUUUUGUUUGAAUUUGUUCCCAGUUCACUGUUUGAUCAUAACCCAUUUUCUUU